UGUGUGUGUGUGUGUGUGUGUGCGCGUGUUGUUUUAUUCAUGUUCCCGGUCGCGGGCAGUGUGCUCAGAAGCUAGCCGACAGCUAGCUGCUAGCAUCUUAUAACAACAUGCAACAUGUUUCUGCUCCUCGAGGUUAAAGCUCUAGCAGACACAUAAACACCACACGGUUUAUGGGGCGAAUAGAGAAACCGCGGGAGGAUUUUCAACCAUUUUAAUGAACAUUUGUCGGCCCCCGGAGCCUCAGCAGCUCGAACAAGAAGAGCGCCUCCGACCAGACACCGCCGGGCUGCGGAUGUUGUUUGGAGGGAGCAGCUAGCAGCUAGCAGCUAAGCAGAGGAAAGACACACUCAGCAGGCUCGUCUGGACUCUCCAGAUACCACUUGAAGGCCACAAAUGAAGUGAACGUAGGGGAUUUUCUUCCAUCUCUUCACACAAGUCUGAUCUCCACACAGCUACUUUCCUCUGCGCUAUAUCCUCCGUCUCAGCCCCUUCACCAGUUCUUCAGUGCCACUUGCUGAAAUGGAUUGGGCCACACCAGCUGCAAAACUGAAUCCCUACACCCGAGCACGCAUGUCAGAGGCCUGGCAGCAGCAUGCUCCACCUCCAGUCGUCCACACCAUCCCUCCAGGAGCUGAGAAUGCGUUGGGCUGUGCGGUGUAUGGCAUUGUGCUGCAGCCAGAUGCUACGUCCUUGCAGCAGCAACCGCAUGGACAGCACAGCCAACACAGCCAGCAGCACGGAGGCGGGCAACACAGUCAGCAGCAGCACGCCGCCCAGGCCCCUCAGACCUCCCUACAGGUAGUGGCAGAAGGAGGACACAAGUGUGCGGCCUGUGGACACGAUAUCUCCCACUUGGCCAACCCACACGAGCACCAGUGCAUGGUGAAUCAGGACAGGUCGUUCCAGUGCACUCAGUGCAUGAAGAUUUUCCACCAGGCGACAGACUUGCUAGAACACCAGUGCGUUCAGGUGGAGCAGAAGCCGUUUGUGUGCGGGGUUUGUAAGAUGGGGUUCUCUCUGCUCACCUCUUUAGCCCAGCAUCACACAUCCCAUAACAGCACCAACCCAAUGAAGUGUUCAAUAUGUGAGAAGACCUACCGACCCGGUUCUUCUGGCAACGUCACACCCACCUCAAAUACUCCCCAGCAGCCCAGCAGUGACGGGGCAUCAGCGAGCAGCAGCUCAUCCAUCCUACCUUUUCCUUCAGCCCGAGACCGGCCGUACAAAUGCUCCGUUUGCCAGAAGGGCUUCAAACACCUGUCAGAACUCACGCGACACGAGAGGGUGCACACGGGAGAGAAGCCCUUCAAAUGUGACACAUGUGACAAGUCCUUCAGCCAGUCGUCACAUCUACAGCACCACCAGCGGACACACAGCAGCGAACGGCCAUUCAAGUGCGCCGUUUGUGAAAAGAGUUUCAAGCACCGCUCCCACCUCGUGCGCCACAUGUACGUGCACUCUGGCGAGCACUUGUUCAAAUGCAACUUGUGCGAGCUGCACUUCAAGGAGUCGUCGGAGCUCCUUCACCACCCCUGCCACCCGCAGGGCUCCCGCCCGUUCCGCUGCGCCACAUGCGGUAAGGGUUUCAAGCGGCCGUCUGACCUUCGGCAACAUGAGCGCACACACUCGGAGGAGCGUCCGUUCCACUGUGACGAGUGUCAGAUGAGCUUCAAGCAGCAGUACGCACUGGUGCGCCACCGACGCACGCACAAAGACCCUUCUGACCGGCCGUUCAAAUGCAAUCUGUGCGACAAGGGCUUCAUGCAGCCGUCUCACCUCCUCUACCACCAGCACGUCCACGGUAUGGACAACCUGUUCAAGUGCGCCUCAUGCCAGAAGGAGUUCAGCCAGUCAGGAGAGCUGCUCAGACACAAGUGCGGCGAGUCGUCCAACAGCUCGCCCGACAAGCCGUACAAGUGCGACGUUUGCGGCAAGGGCUACAAGAAGAGUUCCACAUUACAGCGUCAUCAAAACUCUCACUGCCAAGAGAAGCCCCUCAAGUGCUCACUCUGUGACCGCCGCUUCCUGUCCUCUUCGGAAUUCGUCCAGCACCGCUGCGACCCGUCGCGGGAAAAGCCGCUGAAGUGCCCUGACUGUGAGAAACGUUUCAAAUACUCCUCGGACCUGAACCGACACCGGCGUGUGCACACGGGGGAGAAACCGUACAAAUGUGGCCACUGCAACAAAGGCUUCAAACAGCGUGAGCACCUGACCAAACACCAGAGCACACACUCCAGAGAGGGCCAGUUCAAGUGUGUUUGGUGUGGCGAGCGCUUCAGUGACUUGGGCUCUUUGCAGGAUCACACGGUGCAGCACACAGCCGAUGGUGGGGGUUACCCAGUUCCCCAGUGCAUAUAAAGACUUAUUCCCUUGAACAGACAGUCCCCCUAAACUCCUGUCCUCUUGUCCAUCCCUUGCAGGCUGUUUAUUCAGCCUAACUAUCUCCACAUUUGCAGGACAGUCCAGGCUAUUCUUAUUAUUGCAUUCAAUUUCACCAGUGAUACAUCAAGUUUUCGUUGCUUUACUAACCCGCCCAAAGCCUUUUAGUACUGUGACCCCGUCAUUCCAUAAUAUCCUGAGCUUUUCUCUUCCUGCACUUUCCUUCUUGUUCCACCUCUUUUUCUUCUUAUACCUAUCCUCUCCCCUUUUCCUCAGCCCCACGAUCAGACAGUUGAUAGCAAUGAAGAGGCCACAACCACUUAAACUACCAUAAGUCAUACUUAAGGCCCAGACACACCAACCUGACAUUAAAGAACUAGCGGCGACGAAGGCCACCAGUUGUUUGGCCUCACUUCGCCUUUGCCUUGGCCAAAAAGUUAAACUCGAACACACUGCAAAGACUACAGCUAACGGCAAACUACCACGUACGUUCUGCGCCUGCGUGAGAGGAAAUAGGUUUCUCCGAGGACGGCAGAUAUAGAAGCUGUUAUGAUACGUACAAGAAACAAAGCAGCGUUUGCCGACCAUUUUCACACCACUCUCACUCACCACUUAGCUUCAUUCCAGAUAGCCAUGUCGUUGUGAAAAUAUCCGUGUAUUGGAAUGAUCAGAUGAGAUGAAGAUGAAAAAUGAGAAGAGCCCUCUGUGUUUUUCCACUUGAUUUGACCCGUUGUCUUGCUUUCCUCAUUUUCGUUUCUCUACUCGUGCACUGAUUUGUUUAAUUUGAACACCCAAUCAGAGUGAUUUCUCUCAUCGGCGAGCACCCCCCCCUUCUCAUCCUUCCUCUCAUCUUUGCAUUCUUUUGCUUCCCUCCUCUUCCCGUCCUGUUGCUGUUUAGUAUCAGAGGACUAGGAGGUUUGACCAUGAACCCCUAAGACACAUGUUCUCACAUUCAUUUGUCUUCGGUCAGGUGUAAGAUGACCUUUGGUUUUCACCUCCACACAGUAAUGCAGAAGCAGUGUAUUGGCUCUUUUGGCCCCGACUCCCAGCGUCCACAUCCAUUUGGGUUUAAAAGUAUUAUUUAUGAAGUAGCCAGUGAUCUAUCACCUAUGUGAAGGGAAACAGUUUGGGGGGAGUUUGGGGACGUAUUGUCCUAUAGUGAAAUAAUUCCGAUGUACCAAAACACCAGUAUGAAGCAGCACCUGAUCCCAAAGGUGUGACUAACCAACCAGCUGAAGUCUACCAUCAAUAAAAACCCUGAUGAUUGAUACCAUUCUCACCCUUCAGUACAGACAAAUAUAGAAAUAUAUUAUAUUUCACACUAAUAUAAUGGUCAUAUUCCUGCAGUGCUGCAGACUUCUUUGUACUGAAAAUGUCCAAGUUUGAACAUGACUUCCUCUCUCAGCCUGUACAUACUAUGGAUGUGUGAGUGUACUUAGCCAGAUGAGUUGGAAAUGUCUUUCUUAAAACCAAUAUGUAAGAACUGUUUUUGUAUUCUUGCUACUUUUUACCACGUGAAAUGUUUUAACAAAUGCUCUUUUGUUCUUUUUGUAGUCCAUGUAGUGAUUGUAUCGGUAUGUUGCAGGGGAUCUCGAAGAGCACCCUGCGUGUGUGUGUGAGUCUGAGUGUGUGAAUGUAAACAGUAUUCUGUCAAACAGGGAAAUUCAGACUGUAGAGAAUUGUAUUAGAAAUGUUUCAGCAGACCUGCGCCUUUUUUUUUUUUUUUUUUUUUUAAAGUUACUAACCUUACUGGUCUGUCCGAGCUGUUUUUGCAGGAUGAACCUGCACUUUGUGUUCAAUAUUUCCCAUGUUUUUAGAGAAAUAUUAACCAUGUUUUUCCUGUUACAUGUUGAGCCGGAUGCUGUGUCUGUCAGAGUGGGUUUCUACCAGAGUGAAUGACACCUUCCUCUACGUUGAAUGCUAUGAGAUUCUAGUUGCGCUUUAGAAGCCCCGACGAACAAGUUGGUUUACAUGUCAGCUGUGAUCAUGGUUCCUUUUCCUGUUCCCUCUCUCGCUGUUGAUUCAUGGUUUGAGUGCAGUAUUGAAUACAAACGGAGGAGGCCAAGGAGACUGAAGUUUUUUUAUUCUGGCUUUGAAUUCUUUUCUUUUGGAUUUAGCCUUAAAACGAGGCCACAGUGCCUCUUCCUCCUCUUCUGCUUUCUGUCUCUGUUCUUCAUCAUCAUCAUCAUCAUCAUCAUCAUCAUCAUGCGAGGUCAGAUGGUUGGUCAGCCAUCAUAUUUUUAUUUUCUGAAUCUGGCAUUAUAAGACUGCGAGCAAGUACUGUAUGUUUUUUUUAAUGGUUUCACGUUUGUUUAUAUUAUUUUUUAAAAAAUGUUUAAAUUGAUAUGGAAAUCGAUAUUCCUAGAUGGAGAGACCAGGGCCUUGGGGUAGGUUUUGGAUAAAAAUGGCUUUAUUUUUUUAACACGUCAGUCAGAUUCAUACUCCGUUUUCACAAUGUAGAAUUGUUUCUAAAGCCAAAUCACAGAAGAAGCGAUCUCUACACACAGAACUCUGUAGAGUGGUGGUGUAAAAGUUGAAUAAUACAACACAAACACAUCAGGAAUCAAUGAGGGUGGGUUCAUGUUUGAAGAAGUGCUCAAGGACUUUGACUUUUUAAUUGGUGCUGACACAUCAUCAGGUGUGCAUAAUAAAAAAAUAGUCACUCCAGGUGCAGGACAAGGACCCCGCUGUAUAGCGCAGACAGUACACUCGACCGUAAGAGAUUUCCCCUGGAAAUAAGAACCUUUUGAGGAACUCUUUGCGUUUUGACCGCGGGGACCAAGGUCUAAAUUAAGUUCCGGGGACAUUUUACCCCCAAAAAAGGCCCUGGUCGGGGGUUAGCACUUUCUGAAAGUACCAGAACUUUCGGGGUGGAGUUUGCGGGGAUGACCAUCGCUGAUUGGUGAAACACACAUUUUUUUCCAGCGUGUAUUUCAGAUGAAACAGGCAGACACACUGAGCUGAGUGUGUUUACCACUGUGACCACCAGCAGUCCUCGUCUCAUGUCAUCUUGUUUUUUCAUACAUCAGCGGACUAACUUGCCUAACCUUCGCAGGUCUUUAGACCGCGGCGGAAACGCAGACAACAGUAUGCUGAAGGAACUUUCAAGUUCCUUGAAAAGUAGUUCCGGGGACUAAAAGUCACAGCAACUUUUGGUGGAAACCCAGCUUUAAUGUGUAAUAAUAAUAGUACAACUGUACGUUUAAAGCCUAAGAAUAAUUCCAGCCCAGCAGCACUGGUUUAGCUGUUUGGACUGUCUGGUAGUGCAUUUGUCCUGUGUGUUAUAGAGCGCUGUUCAGGUAGGUGAAACAUUAACGGACAGUGAGGAUUUGACUGCAAAGUGAAAGGGAGAACUACACUUACAUCUUGAGUAAUUAACUCCAUCCCACAUCCAACAUGCAGUCAGGGAAAGGGGAGGAAAAUCUCCUGUAUAAGCACAAAUUAAAUAAAUCCACCCCUCUGCAUUUUAACUGGUGGUUUCAAUGGGAAAAAAGUCAGUUCAGGCACCAGUUUAGCCCCCCUCCCCACCAACCACCAUCUCUUUCCUUUCAGUUUCAGUAAAUGAACCCGUCAGACCCUGGUGUCUCUUGCUCUCUGCAUGCUUGCUGUGUUAGUUCCUGUGUUCUGUCCUUGGGAACUGGUGCUCACCCCCUCCUCCUCCUCACUGCACUGUUCCCUCCUAUAGUUUUUGUUUUUUUUCAAAUUGUACUGUAGUUUAUGUGAAUGAUGUUGAAAAAAAAGAAAAGAAAUAAACUUUGUGGCGACGUGUACAUUCAUGCUAAGAUUAUCUGUAUGUAUGUAGCAUUCAAUUACACACAGCACUAACAAAUAAAACUUUUUUCAUUUAUAAACUUA